AUUUACAUAAUUUGAUAGUUAAUUUCUUUAAAAAUUGGCGCUUGUGUGAUAAACUUGUUAUAUUAAAAGCAAUGUUAAAACAAUUCAACCAAAACGAAUUUAAGUCUUACAAAUUAAUUUUAAUUUUUUGAAAGGAUAAAACGAAUGUGAAACUAUUUAGAAACAAUUUCAAAACAAUUUUCAAUUCAACAAAGUGAUUUGACACUAUUUAAGGAUGAUUUGAAACAAUUUUUUGGAUUUUUUUUUUUAAUUUGUUUUGAGAUCGUAUAUAGAGAUCAUUUUAAAUAAAAUAUUAUACAAAUUGAAUCGAUUAUUUUUUAAACACUUAUGAAGACAAUCCUUUACAUAUCUUUCCAUUCUUUGAUACAUUAUAAUCUGUUAGCACAAAUCAAAAUAUCUGGUUCCUAUAAAAAUGUGUAUAAAUGUUUAAUUAUACUCUCUUUUUUAGAUAUAAUAUCUUCGGAAACUAAAAACAUACAAUAUAUUUUAGGUUUUAUAAUUCCAUGGAUCCAUCACCUCCUAAAACAAAAAAGUCAACUAAACACCGUCCAUUUUAUGAAGCAAGUAAAAAAACAAGUGCCGAGAUAAUUUCAGAAGCAAGAUCAUCUGUGCGAUCAUUGGAAACUAAAAGGCCUUUUACACCUGCUGAAAGUACCAGGACACUUUUUGGUAGCAAGGGGCAAUAUCAGCAAAAUCGUCCUCCAUCAGCUUGCAGCAUAGCAUCAUCUUACACAGAUUCCCGUCCACCAACUGGCAAAAGGCUAAGUCCCAUCCAAAAUGUUCCUGAUUUUAAAGAAAUUUCUUCAUAUUUUGAUUCAGACCAAGAGAACGUAACAUUUGACCAAGAUGAUCCUAAUAACAACAACAACAAUGCACCUAUACUAAAAAGCUCUAUUGUUCCUAAACCACCUCAAAGUUCCGAACCAAAAUUUUCCAAAACCAAUAGAAGACCUGUAGUUCAGAGAAGAACUACUGCUCCUGGAGACCUAUUAGAAACAGAAACACGAAGAAUUCACAGUGGGCCUAAAGAGAGAACGCCUUUAACUGAAGAUUUGUCAUCAUUAAGGCGGUCAAGUUCAUUUGGAGAUGUGUCAAAUUACUCCAAUGCCCAAGAAAGAUCUGUUUUGUGUUUCGAAGAAACCGUUAGACCAUUGUUAAAACAGAUGGAACUGAAUCAUCUACAUGGUGACAUGGAUUCUUUGUUAGUUAACUUUGAUGUUUUAUGGAGGACCUUGAAGACAGAAAAUAUGCUUGGAAAAUCAAAAUUAGGCUCUAAACGGAGAUCAGAGCUUUUAACAUCUGUUUUUAAAUGUACAAGUGAUCAUAAUGCUGUAUUGUUACUGAAGCUGAGUCGACUUUUUAUUGCGUUGGAAGUAACAGGUAAAAAUUUAGAAGUUGUCUGUAAGCUGCUGUUUAAAGUUGGACGUAAUAAAAAGCAUGACACAUUGUUUGUUGAUGAAAAGUUAAUUGAGCCACUAUUACUUCUUAUGGAGAAGCCUCAGCAAAUGGAUCUAGUGGACUGUGUUGUUUAUUUAACUGGUGCAUUAAAGUUUCUUUCUUUAAAUGAAAAGGUUCAAGCUGAAUUAAUCAAGCAUGGCGUGUUAAAAACAAUCUCUAAUCUAUUGCAGUACUCUAUUGAUGAAUUAACAAAUGAUGCAGCUCGUAACAAAGAAAGUUGUCACAUGCUAGUUCAGGUCACAUCAGCUCUAAGUAAUUUUGCCAACAACACCUCUCUUUUUAAAGAAUUCAUAUCCUAUAAUAUCUUGGAAAAAUUGUUGACAUUGACUGAAACAAGAUUUAAAGAUCGCGAGUAUUUUUUGAAUGUAUCCAAGAUAUUUAGCAAACUAACAACUUCACUUGAAGCAUGUAACGUGUUACAUAAUUUUAAAAAAGGAUACAAAACUUUGUUGGAGGGUUUACGAACUCACUAUAAAAAACAGGAAACAACUGUGCGAUUAUGUUAUGCUUUCGGAAAUAUUGCAGACCAUGUAAAAGAAUCGCAGAUCAUUGUUGGAAUAACACUUGAUGGAAUCAAUAUAUUCACUCAAAUUGCAAUAUAUUAUCUGAAUCUCAUAGAAAAGAAUGAUAAAGAAAACAAUAAAGAGAGUCAAUCUCAUUCUGAAGAUGUUAUCAUCAAGGUUGUCCGGGUAAUAGCAAAUUUGUCACUGAGCAAAGACUGUGGUGAAGCAUUUGCAAAUAAUUCAAAAUGUGUGGACAUACUUCUGCGUAUCUUGGUUAAAGCCGUGGAGUUACAUCUUAGCGAUGAGUUAAUAAUUAACACUACUGCAACUAUCAACAACAUAUCGUUCUUUGCAAAACAAAAAAGUACAUUAAUGCAAAAACAACAAGAAUUCGCAAAAGCUUUCUUUAAAAUUCUAUUGCACGAAAAUAUGGAUUGUGUUUUGGAAGCUGUUAGAGUGCUUGGAAAUCUUACACAAUCCAAAUAUGUACGAGAACUUGUUAUAAAAAACGAAGUGUUUAAAGUGUUUAUUACAUUGCUGGAUUCACAAGAUCCGGAGGUGAUAUUUUGUACUUGCGGUGUACUGGUUAACAUGAUGGUUGACGUUUCUACGCGAAACUUGCUAAAGAAAUUUAAUGCAAUCUCAAAGUUAAUUGACAUACUGAAAGAUUUGGCUGAAUCUGAUUGGCUGUUAGCUGGUAUGGUUUGCCAGAUAUUAUGGAACUAUAGUGAGAAAAUCAAAACAUCACUUUCGUGUUUUGGAGAAAAUGAAACAGAUGAAUUAAUAACUGUGUUAAAUGAGCUGUUAGAACCUGAAUUAUCGUUAGACUAUGAUGGUCGACCUGAUGUAGGAGAUGAAAGUAUAGAGUUUUUAAAAGAAUCAUGGGAAGAACACUUCCAACCUGUUGGUGUUAUGUUACUUAAUAGAAUCGAGAGACAUCAUUCUGAACUUGAACCAAUUAUAUCAGAACCUGAUUAAAGAAAAAAGAUAUGAAUAUAUCAUACCAAUUGUGCUGCACAUUCGUUUAAAUUUAUUCCAUCAGAUUGCCUAUUGAAAGAUUUUCUGAGUGUGUGUUCAAGCGAAUGCAUUAUGGAAUGUUAUACUGAAUGGCACUUAAAGGUUGUGGACCAUUAUGAACCAAUUUUAUGGAAUUUAUAAAGAAAUCUUUGUUUAUAUGUACAAGUUUAUGUAGUUAUCUUUUUAGUUUGUGUGACAGGAUUUCAACAGAUUCUAAUAAAUUUUUUGUGAGCAGAUUUUUAUCGGAAAUUUUAUUUCUAUUUUUUUGGUUUACAGGGGUUCUUUUUAACUUCAAAUUACACAAUUUUUAUAUUAAAAAAAAGUGUUUCUAUGUACGCCUGAGGUAGGCGUUGGCACAGUAUUGUUCUAAAAAACAAUUUUAGUAUAAAAAUGUAAUUGAAGUCAAACCUGCCUUUCCAGCACAUCUAUGGGGUGGCUACCUCAUCCAGUCAAUUUUUAAAGCACAAAAUAUAAAAAUACCUUUAUGUGACAACCAAGAUUUUGAACUCUUGCAGUUUUACUAAAUUUAGAUUUCCAAUAUUUAUACACAUUUAAAUAUGGAAAUUAGUUGAUCUACUUGCCGAUGACUUUCAGUGACCGCACAAGAAAUAUUUGAUGUAGUGGAAUAGUCUCAUUAAGGCAUCUUUGAAUGGAAGAUUUACAACUGUUGCUAUUAUACAAACGAUUCUUUAUCAGACAGCCACCUGUCCAACGCUUUUCUUCCCUGAUUGACCAUUUUAAACAGGUUUGACUGUAUUUUUUAAAUUUAAAUGUUUGAUAUAGAAGUUAUAAUAUAUAUAUGUGAGGUCUGUAAAUAUUAGAUUAGUAAUUUAUUUGUUGUUUAUAAUAUAAGAUAAACAAAUUAUU